AUGUCGGCUCUUCGCCCUAACCACAGGGAAAAGGCUGCCCCUAAGGGCGGCGCCUUGAAUGGCCUCAUCGACCCGACCAAGACGGGCAAAUACCCUGUCAUCCUAAGCGACACGCUCCUCGGGCGCACCCAGAAGGAUGUCUUUACCGCCGUACGAUAUAAUCACAAGCCUGAUCUCCCCUCCGAGCCCGCAACAGCAAGGCUAAAACCCGAGACGCCUGGCUCCAAAUCCAACUUUGACCUCUCCUUUCCCGGUGCCGAUGGCGGAACAUACGCCUACGCUGGCACUCGCACAAUGGACGACAACCAAUACAUUCUCUACUUCGAUCCAGCCCGCAAGGCAUUCAUCCUCGAUAAGGUCGAUUCUGCCUUCCACAUGAACCUUACCCGCACGCCCUCAAACGACAACCCGGAGACCUUGCGCCAGCAGUUCGAGCAGCUCGACACGUCCAUCACCGCGACACCAGCCAAGCCCCACGCCUCGUCCUCUGCCGCCCAAGAUAAGCCCCAGGCGAAGCCAAAGACCAAGGCCGCAGCUGCGGCGAAACCAAAAGCACCCGCGAAACCCCGGCAGCAGAAGAAGAAAGAACCCGUCAGCAUCCAGCUCGCGCUCCCGACAAACGACGCGCCACCGGCCCCGCCGCCGAAACCCGCUGCUGUGCCGACGCCGAAGAAGGAGAAGCCCGCGCGCAAGGCCAUGGGAUCCGACGAGGAAGACGACGACGAUGACGACGACUUCGGUCUGACGAUAGAGUACCCCGACGAGAACAAGAACAAAAAGACGGACUUCUCGCCCGCGUUCCCGUCCCAGGGUAUCAACAUUAGGCGUUUCUCCGAUUUCCUGCGCGACUCUGAGGCGGACGAUGCGGAUGGCGAGUCGGACAAUGACGAAGUGCCGUUCCCCGACUUCAACCUGCCCAGUCCCGUCAACAACCAGGUGCGGCAGCAGCAGCAGCAUCAUGAGGAGGUCGAGUUCGAGCACGGCCAGAUGGAGAUGGACUCGGAGCCGGAUUUCGAGGACGCGCUUGAGGACGACCUCGAAGCCGAGUUGGAGAAGGAGCUUGAGGCUGCGAACAGCGGCGACGCAGAGGAGAGCGAAGUCAGUGAGGAAGACUGA